AAAAAAACACAUAAAAAAUCAUUCUAGUGGGAGAGAAUGAAAAUUGUUAACCUAAUUCAACAAAAAUGGAUUAUGAAAUACGAAGAUGUUGACAAUUAUGAAACUGACUGGCUAGAAAAACCCAUUAACGACAAGGAACCACUGCACAGAAAGAAGAACAUUGGGGACUGUUCCUUAAUCAUAUGUUUUUUUUAUCGUUUUCUGAGGAACAAUUCUCAGUGUUUGAAUAUAUACUUUCUUAUAUUGCUUUCUGCUUGAGAAGUCUGCAUAGUUGAAGUUUUCUUUGCAAUAUUGGUAAUUUGAAAAGGCAAGAUGGAAGAGAAGUGUGCAAUUGCAAAAGAUGUUACUGAACUAAUAGGGAAUACCCCAAUGGUAUAUCUAAACAAUGUAGUGGACGGUUGUGUAGCCCAUAUUGCUGCUAAGCUAGAGAUGAUGGAACCCUGCUCAAGUGUUAAAGACAGGAUUGGGUAUAGCAUGAUCAAUGAUGCAGAAGAGAAGGGCCUGAUUACGCCUGGGAAGACUGUCCUUAUCGAGCCUACCAGUGGCAAUACUGGCAUUGGAUUGGCAUUCAUUGCAGCAGCUAAGGGUUACAAACUUAUCCUUGUCAUGCCAAGUGUAGUGACUCUUGAGAGAAAAAUGGUUGUCCUAGCUUUUGGAGCAGAGCUGUAUCUCACAGAUAUAGCCAAAGGCAUUCAGGGGGUUUUUGAUAAAGCUGACGAGAUACUGCAAAACACACCCAAUGGUUAUAUUCUUAACCAAUUUGAAAAUCCUGCCAAUCCAAAGAUUCAUUAUGAGACCACAGGACCAGAGAUUUGGAAAGGCACAGGGGGAAAAGUUGAUAUCCUGGUUGCAGGGAUAGGGACUGGGGGUACAGUUACCGGUGCAGGGCACUUCCUCAAGGAGAAAAACCCUGAGAUUAAGGUUUAUGGUAUAGAACCAGCUGAAAGUGCAGUUCUAAAUGGAGGAAACCCUGGCUCACAUAAGAUCCAAGGAAUUGGUGCCGGUAUCAUCCCCAAAGUUUUGGAUACUGAACUACUUGAUGAAGUUAUUCAAAUUUCAAGUGAUGAGGCCAUUGAAACUGCUAGGCUUCUUGCAUUAAAAGAAGGUUUGCUGGUAGGGAUAUCAUCUGGUGCUGCUGCAGCUGCAGCAAUUAAGCUAGCUAAGAGUCCAGAAAAUGCAGGCAAACUCAUCACGGUGAUUUUCCCCAGCUUCGGAGAGCGCUAUCUGUCUUCAGUACUGUUUGAUUCCAUAAGGGAUGAGGCUGAAAACAUGAAGUUUGAUUGAGUUAUUACUUGAUCUGGGAAGAGCCUUGCUAGCUUCAUUAGCCUUUUCCUUCACUUAUCAUUUGGCUGGAAUUACACUAGAAACCUAUUGAUCUCCGCAUUUCACUGUGGACUAGUCGAACGAAUGAUGAAUUAAUUUACUCAUAGCGAUGAAGUUUGAAUUUGAUA